AUGCAUUCUAUUCAGCUGUGUGAGUACGCUUACGUGCAUGAUUAUACUCUCCCAUCGUGUACAGAACAAUCUUACCAGACACUUGUAUCAGCAUCAAAGAAGCCACCCGAAGCAAAGCCUCUUGAGAAUUAUGUUGAUGCAUUAACAGUCGCACAAACCGAUCCAUGCCCUCCCGGCUGUCAGGAUCCUGAAUGCUCCGGAACCCGUACGGAACAAAACGACAGAAUGGCAACCGGGGCUCAUAGAGUCAAGCUGUCUAGAGAACAUUCGAGACCAAGUAGCCAAGCCUCCAACAUGGCCAAGCAUGCGCUGCAUGUCAUGCUCCAGCCUGACGCAGAACGCGCAUCCCUUGUAAGCUUAGGUGAAUGUGAGAUCGACCGAAUCCUUGCACUGCGCACCGGCACAUCUGCCUCGAGCAAUAAGAAACUUCUUCUAGUGAUUCUGUGCAGGCUCUCAUAG